ACAUCACAAUUUUCAAUCAUCAAUAAAUCAAUGUUUGUCUUAUUUACUGGGAACGGCAACUCCCAAUUACAUCGCCACAUGGCACUCUAUCUCACCGUCAAAACAUCCUCCUCGGUCCUGGCGUCACCCAUCCAUCACUCAACAAAGUCGUCGUCUCCCAAAAAAAGAGCUUCUGCACUCCUUUAAUUGCUUAAUCCAGCAUUCAAGUUUCAAACUUUUAACAGCACCACUUUCUCUCUAACUCAGAACAUCACAAAUUUUUUUUUUUCCUCUCUCUCUCUCUCUCUCUCUCUCUCUCUCUCUCAGCUCCAAAAACUGCUUUUUUCCGAACCACGUUUUCUUGUAUGUACUGAAACUAAAAGCUCUGUGCUUUUUUUACAAUUUAAUUGCAAAGACCAAAGUAAUGGCGUUUCAUCAUCAUCAUCAUCACCAGCAGCAGCAAACCCCUCCAGAAAUGGCGUUCCACUCCUUCGCCUCGGACCAGCCGCCGCUCUCCGGAGCUCCGACGUGGCUCAACAACGCCGCGUUUCGACAACAGAACAGCUUCCUCCACGACGCGCGCAACGACGACGUCGUCAUAUCACCGUCGGGGAAGAGCAGCAACUGCAGCGGCCGGAACCGGAGAGAGAUAAGCGGCUACGACGGCGAAGAGGAGGAAGAAGACGAACUGGAGUGCGAGAGCGCGAGGUUCAAAGCGGACUUAGUGGGCCACCCUCUGUACGAGCAGCUUGUAUCGGCUCACGUCUCGUGCUUGAGGAUCGCCACCCCCGUCGAUCAGCUGCCGAGGAUCGACGAGCAGCUCGUGCAGUCGCAGCGCGUGGUGGAUAAGUACUCUGCGCUUCGAGCCAAUGGGGAUGUCCAAGUCAUGGAUGAGAAAGAACUUGAUUUAUUCAUGACAAACUAUGUUCUACUGCUAUGCUCCUUCAAAGAACAAUUGCAGCAACAUGUCCGAGUUCAUGCCAUGGAAGCAGUGAUGGCUUGUUGGGAGCUCGAUCAAUCUCUACAAAGCUUAACAGGUGUGUCAACGGGUGAAGGCACCGGUGCUACAAUGUCCGACGACGACGACCAGGUCGACAGUGACAUCAACUCGUAUGAUGGAAGCCUGGACGGGCCUGACACCAUGGGUUUCGGUCCUCUCGUUCCGACUGAGAGUGAGAGGUCCUUGAUGGAGCGUGUAAGGCAAGAAUUGAAGCAUGAACUGAAACAGGGUUACAAGGAAAAGAUUGUAGACAUUAGGGAGGAAAUUCUACGCAAGAGAAGAGCAGGUAAACUGCCAGGUGACACCACUUCUGUCCUAAAAUCUUGGUGGCAAUCGCAUUCCAAGUGGCCUUACCCUACGGAGGAAGACAAAGCCAGGUUGGUGCAGGAAACAGGCUUGCAAUUGAAACAGAUCAAUAACUGGUUCAUAAAUCAAAGAAAAAGGAAUUGGCACAGUAACAUUUCCUCAACUUCUGUUUUGAAGAGCAAACGCAAGAGUAAUGCAGGUGACAUCAGCAGCCAACGAUUGAAGUAACUGUGUGUGACACUUGACAAGUCCACAACUUAUGGAAAAAAAGAAAAAAGAAAGUCUAGCAUCAGUGAGAGAGCAAUAUUUGGCCAUACAGAAAGAGGCCGCAAGGAACUUCGUAUUUCUGAUACAGUAAAAGGUUAGACCAGCAAAUGAAGGGCAUCCUGAUGUCUGAUGUACCAUCUCAUAAAACUUUACGCAUAUGUAACACGAAAAACUCGAACCAGGUAGUCUUUUUGUACCACGUUUAUGUGGAUCUAGCUAGAUAUAGAAUUUUUGUAUACUAAGCGUCUCUAAAUUAAACGUUUGCUUUCUAUAUAAUUUCUAUGGAUGAGAAUGGCUACAAAGACAGUUGUCUAUAGCAGUUUAUGGA